AUGGCCCGGGGAGCCCCAUGCCUCCUUCUGCCACCUGUCCUGCUGGUGUUCCUGGCCUCAGGUUCCCAGGGACAGCAGGUUGUGCCUGAGGAGCUCCAUGCCGUGGCGGGGCAGACAUUCUCCGUGCGAUGCCAGUACUCUCCCGCGGGAGGACCCUACAGGCAGAAAACCUGGUGUCGGCAGACAUCUCCAAAUCGCUGUACCAGGUUAGUCACCAGCUCUGAGCCCCGAAAAGCAGUAACUCAGGAUUCUCGACACACGAUCUGGGACGUGCCAGAUGCUGGUUUCUUCAACAUCAGCAUGGCUCCGCUGACUGAGAAGGACUCCGGGUUCUACUGGUGUGGACCCUACAACGCUUCUGAAAACACCGUCACUGUUCUCAGAAACAUCAGCCUGCUGGUGUCUCCAGCCCCGACCCCUUCUCCGAUGGGGACCACCACCUGGCCCUUGGAAAGCACAGUUCUGAUCACUUCUCCAGAGGGAACCUCUGGUCCAUCGUCCCUCAAUGGAUCUGAACUCAGAAAUAGGCUGCAGCAGCCCAGGUCACAGGUGCGCCAGGGGGCCAUAAGGCGCAGCAAAAGCAGUGGAGCACUGAUGGAAAUAGAUGGCCAACUGCCCAUGGAUAUUUGCUCCCUAAUUCCUUUCUUCUCCAAACUCCAAGCCAGGUGA